GGCUGACCAGAAUGACAAACAAAAGAAAGAGAAGAAAAGAAAAGAAUAGAAAAGGCAGCAAUAAGAGCAGCCAGUUUGGCAAAGACAAACAGAAACGCUGUUGACAGAACCAUAAUUAACAUGACUAUUUACAUCACUGUUUACAAGUUUAUACCAAUGUGGUUUCUUAAAAUAGGACUUUAUGGCAAGCCUGGAAGUUUCCCACACAAAUGUACAUGUGUGUGUAGUGUAUCUGUAUGCAACUGCUGACAUUUCUUCUUUUCUUGUUUUUAUGAUAUUAUUGUAGAGUAUCUACCUUAAAAUGUAAAGUGCUUUGAGGUGACUGGUGUUGAAUUAAACUCACUUGAAUUGAAAUGGAUUGAAUUAUAGUUUAUAUCACCAGAUGCCCUGGUUACAAGUGUUUGGCCUAAUUCAUACUUUAAAUCCAGAGUUUUUGUGCAGCUAUUUUCCUGCCCUCAUAAUUUGAGCCCUUUUUUUCUCCACGUUGACAUAUGCACUGUUGCGUCUUGUGAGUUUACAUAAAUGUAUGACGACUGCCGCAGUGUGUAACAGUCUUCUGUAUGAGUGAGAGUAGCUGUGCCCUGUAAACUCUAAUGAUGUGGAUUCUGCUUUUUUAGCCUGUAAUUUCACUCUUUUGCGACUGAGUGUGUUUAUCUCUUUUUCCCUCCUUUCAUCACUGUGUUCUCCAGUCAGACAGGCUUUAUCGCAGGUGGGUAUCAAAUGUAAUAGUGCAUUAUAGACCAAAUAUGGUGCGUGUGAACUGUUGUCUGUUUUAUCUUCUGGACUCUGAUAGGGACUAAAUGCCUUCAUUGUUUUUGUUUGUCCCUGUUGUUGUACCUCGUUCCCUACUAGUCUCCACUUGCCCCAUUACUAUGGGCAGAAACUCCUCUUGGUCCUUUGUCAGAGCAUCUGUGAUUCUCCCCUAAUGUACUCUCAGUUUUCCCCGGAUUUCUCUGAUUCCUGAUGCCUGGAUUACGAAGCUAACUUCAGGAUAAACACUGGGUUUGCUGAACUACAGAAGUGAUUCACUUCUUAAAGGAACAUAUCACCAUGGUAACUUGUGCCGUGAAGCAGAUUAGAUAUCAACAGCUGUGAAGCACGUCAUCUGAACUGCAACCACCCGACACGACGACAAGAAAUCUGUCAUCCAAGAUGACUGAAAAUAGCAACCAUAAUGUAUCCAGCCACCCUGUAGGGUCCCACUCUUUGAAUGUUUUUACCAUUACCCUCCAUGGCAUUUUCUCUACAAUUGGCAUCGUGGAAAACCUCCUCAUCGUUGCAGUGGUGGGCUUCCAUGUCCGUCGCUCCAUCAUUAGCAUCUGGAUCCUGAACCUCGCAGUCUCUGACCUGCUAGCCACUUCUUCACUGCCCUUCUUCACCCUGUACAUGGCCCGGGGCAAAACCUGGACACUGGGGACAACUUUCUGCCGCAUCCAUUCCUCCAUCUUUUUUCUCAACAUGUUCGUCAGUGGCUUCCUACUGGCGGCCAUUUCUCUGGACCGCUGCUUGGUGGUGCUGAAACCUGUCUGGGCCCAAAACCACAGAAACAUCCAACUAGUUAAGAAGAUAUGUGGGGUAAUCUGGGCCAUGGCUCUGAUCUGCACUAUCCCCUUCUUCCUGUUUCGUGACGUCAUCCCUGUAGAACAUGGCCGGAAUCUCUGUUACUAUGAUUAUGCUCGAUUCCUGCCUGAACCAAAGAAUCAGACAAAUAAUAAACCUAUAAUUAAACAACGGAAAGAAGGACUGGCAAUAAUGAAGCUGUUUUUUGCCUUCUUAAUCCCUUUGGUCAUCAUCAUAGUGAGCUAUGCUGUUGUACACUCCAUAAUAGCAAACAGAUGUAACCGUCGCCCUUUCCGUUUUGUUCGGCUUGUAGUGUCUGUGGUGGUGAGCUUUGUACUCUGCUGGGCACCCUACCACAUAUUCAUCGUCAUGGAAGUGAUGGCUCCAAACUCUCGCUCUGUUCAGAAUUUUAUAAGACAGGCCCUCCCAGUUGCAGCGACGAUUGGCUUCCUCAACAGCGUCCUCAAUCCUGUUCUGUAUGUGUUCAGCUGCCCUGACCUGUGCAAUAAGAUCCGACAUUCUCUCGGUGCAGUGAUGGAGUCUGUUCUGGCUGAGGAUCUUGCAGAGUUCGCCCGGCGCCGCAGCACAGCUCGGAGCUCUAUCGGCAACUCUGAGAUAAUGACGAGAAAGAAGCAUUCCCUUGCAACUCAGGAAGAAAGUAUGAGUACUUCAGUUUAGAAGUAAAACAUACCAUCUCUUCUUUAGUAAGUGCAAAGAAGGUUUUAUUUACCUCAACUGCACAUAAAAAAGUUCCCUGUUGUCUAACACAUAUCACUCAGGCAAUACUUUUUCACAAGAAGCUUACCUGUUUUGCUAUAGCAUUGUAUUCUCCAUCCAUCAAUCAAGUUAUUAGUGCCCCAUCUAGGAUUAAGAAUAUGUUUUAGUAUAAAUUAACAUCAUCGGGAGUUCAUGUUUGGAACAUGUGGAUAGACUAAAAUCCAACCUUAAUCCUGACACUGGAUGGAGCACUUGUGACCUGAUGGAUAUUAUGAGGUUUCUGUUGUUUUCAUAUGCUUCAUAUGCUUCUUUGUUUGUUUUUUUUUGGUUUUUGUUUUGUUUUUUUUGCCUGUCUCGUUUGGCUCUUUUGC